AUGCCGAUUGGACUCACUCCUCACAUAAUUGAGAUUGAUGCUGGAGCCGAUCUAUUAUACACUCUAUUUGAAUUUGCUCGAAGUCGUGGGAGAUCCAUUCACAUCCUCAAUGGAAUAGGAAUGGUGGCAGAUGUCACGCUUAUACAAUCUAAUAGGAGUUUUGUAUCUGUUCUAGGAAUGUUUGAUCUUCUGUCAAUUCGUGGUACAAUUAUCCCGUUGUCGACAGCAGAGUGUUUAGGAGUAUUACAAAUUACCUUAUCAGACUCUGCUGAUGACGAAGAUGACGUGAUUCAAGGGAGUGUGAUCUCCCCACUAGUGGCUUAUAGUCCGAUGCGAGUCACAUUUGUCUCCUUUCCAAACCCUGCAUUUUAA